AUGUCGGGUAAAGGAAAAAAUUCGAACCCUCCUUCGGUCGAUGUUCCUCCAGUCUUCGUUCCCGAUCCCAAUAAUCCUGCAAAUUCUAAUUCGUCUGACACUGCAAGUUCAGUAAUCGUUACAUCUCAAGCAGUAACUCCCGCUUUUUUAACUCCAACCAAUGCCAUCACUAAUCCCCCUGUGAAUAAUAAAGCAUUAGUCCCUACAUCUAGUACUUCCCCUACCACUGACAAUUCCUACUAUGGUUCUUCAGCUGACUUAACAAAUAGUCCUUCUGGUGCAGUGAUAGGAGUAGUUAUAGCCGUUGUGGUUGUUAUAAUUGUGGUAGUUUUAACAAUAAAGAAAUUAAGAAAAUCUGGUAGUGAUAGUUACAAGGAAAAUGCGAGUGUAUUAGAUGAUGAUGUUAUCGAAUUUAAUAUUGAAGAUCACAGAGAACUCAAUCAUGGAUGGAAUGAUUAUAAUAGUUACAAUUCACAGGGAACAAGAAGAUAUUAG